UAGUAGAAUUUUGAGUUCUAACGGAACAAUUGAGGGGUCUUAGGUUACAAAAGGAGUAGAGCAAUCAAACCAACAACUGGAAUAGUUUCACCUAAUUACCGCAAGUCAUUCCUAAAGAUUUGUAGGAAGGCAAGGAGACAAAGGAUGUAUGCCUAAACAAAGCAGCUCAAGAAGGAAAAUUUACGUAUAUUCAAAAGACUCGAAAACAUUGAUUUACAUGUAUCAAAGCAAACAGUCAAGAAAAGAAUAAACCUAGGCAUGAAUUCAGUCUUGAUUCCUUAAGAAAUCAACCUCAAAAUAUCUGAAUUGAAACUCCAAGGAAUAUUUUUACUCCAAAUAAGAGAGACCUCUUCACUCCUAAGGCUGAUUUCACUAAAGAUAGGAACAAUUUUGUGUCUGUAAAUGACCAGAUUCACCAAAUGAGCACUGUUAGUUAUGAAAAACCAGAUUGCAGCCAUUUUCACUCAAAAAUGACCUUACCACUGAUAAAAAUAGCCUAAAACCUAUAAAUAAGAGUAAAGCAAAUGUUGGACCAUAUCUGAAGAAAUAUAAAAGGGUAAUCUAAAGGGACAAGAAAUGGCACGGGCUAGUAAUCACAAGUGCAGAGCUUCCAAGAUGGGAGGAGAGAAGAAAUGGAAGAUAUUAUCUACCACUAAAAUGGCCUCCUCAGGCAUGAGCACGAUGCACACAGCGAAUAACCUCACUAAGUACAACUCAAAAUCUGAAAUAUAUUAUGAAUGAGAACUAACAGCUAAGAGAACAAGUAAGCACAUUUCUCCUGUAAGUCGAUAUAUACCUAUCCUGACUCAAUCUGAUCACAGAAGGAUCAAGAAUUUGUUUGGAAGAGAGAUAUGAGCCCUGCUCUGAUCUCUUAGCUACUUUAGGAUAUCCUAAAUCAAGUGUAAGCAUCCCUUCUUCAGUAAAUGAGCUUAUGGUAGAUUUUGUUGUAUCUCAAUAUA